AGAAUAAACAUUUCAAGACUUAUGGGACAACCCUCGUAGACUACAUUACUUGGACAACCCUCGUAUUAUCGCGUCAUUUAUUUUUCGCACUUUGAGGCUCUGAUUUGCACAACCAAUAAGUAACUAGCACAGCAUAUGAGAUCUCAGCUAACAAAUGCAGCUAUGACCUUUUACGAAGUAUCUAGUAAACUGUGAUUCUACUUUUACACUGACCGUCUAACUCUCAGUGUGAAUCUUCAAUAUUGAAAUGGACUGAUUAUGUUGUAUGGCUUAUAAUUAUCACAAAUACAGAUAGACUGUUCGUAUUUUGUAUUUGCUCACACCAUACAUAAUAUUAUAUUACAAAGGUCUAGAACAUUUCUGAUAAAGCCUUCGAGUGGUUGGAGCUCGAUAAAAUACAAGAGAUAACGCAGUUUAGUAGCUGUAAGCUCAAGGGGUGGUAAAACACUUUCAACAACAAUGCUUUCCAAAAAAGGAUUACGAGUUCUCAGUCAAAGGGCCAAACAUAUUCUAGAGUCAUCGUGCCCAGCUAAAUGUAUGUCAACGGCGCCAGAAGAGGAGAAAUAUAAAGUGAGAGGACGCAAUGUCUUGGAUGUGAUGAAAGAACGUCCUCUGGUAGGAGAUGGUGGGAUGGUAAUUGCUUUGGAAAAACGAGGCUACGUCACAGCAGGAAACUGGACGCCAGAGGCUGUGUUGGAAUACCCUGAAGCGGUGCGACAGCUUCACAGAGAGUUUCUAAGGGCAGGAUCAGAUGUUCUCCAAUCAUUCACUUUCUAUGCAGCUGAGGGUAAACUCAAGUCCAGCAGCACGGGCAAGAACUAUACUGUGGCAGAGAUCAAUCAGGCGGGAUGUGAUUUAGUGAAGGAGGUGGCAGCAGAGGGCGAUGCUCUUACGUGUGGAGGUCUUUCACCAACUCCCUCAUAUGGCCAGGGUAAAGGAAAACAAGCUGUACAAGAUGAGUUCAGAAAACAAGUUGAAAUUUACAUGGAGCAUGAUCUCGACUUUAUGCUUGCUGAGUUCUUUGCUACGAUAGAGGAGACGGAGUGGGCCAUAGAGGUUAUGAAGGCUUCAGGCAAGCCAUGUGGCGCCACCAUGAGGAUAGGACCAACAUCAGAUAAAUCAGAUGUAGAUUCUGGGGAAUGUGCUGUUAGAAUGGCCGCAGCAGGGGCUGACCUAGUGGGCGUCAACUGCUCAUUUGGGCCAGUUACCAGUUUAAAGACAAUUGAAAAAAUGAAAACAAGCCUUGAUGCUGCUGGCUUAGAACCUUUCUUAGUUAUGCAGCCUGUUGCAUUCCACACUGGUGACUGUGAACACAAUAAGGAUGGAUACCAUGAAGUUCCCGAAUUUCCACUAGCCCUUGAAUCCAGAUCCAUAACAAGGUGGGAUGCAAGGAAAUAUGCAAGAGCAGCUUAUGAUCUUGGAGUACGAUAUAUCGGAGGGUGUUGCGGCUUUGAACCUUAUCAUAUCAGAGAAAUCGCAGAAGAGGUUCAUACAUUAUUGUAUUUCCUGAGGAAUUUUAUAAUUGUGCAUUAUUGCUGUGUAUUUUACAACACUGCAUAAAUGGUAGUUCUGAAUUUUUAUUUCGUUGCAAAUAAACCAUCAUCCUAGAUAUCAUGUCAAAUAGAUUCACUUAUCACUGUUUAGCAAUGUAAAUGCUGAAUGUUCAUCACCAUAAGUUUGACGAUGCCACGUUCAACAAUAGUCCACCCGUUAAGCUCAGUAGUAGAGCGUAUACCAGUCAUAACGCAUAGGUCACGGAUUCGAUCAUGGUCCUAGGGUUAGCGUUAAGCUUGCCCCUGAGAGAGGCAGUCGGCCACCUGGUGCAGAUAAGAACGAACAUUUUGGUGAAGCAAUAAAAUAUUCCCUGUUGGAGUAUAUGAGAAACAGGGUUGGUAAAGACUACUGGUAUGGAAUAAAUGCAAAGAGACCAAGUCCUUAAAGAUUAACAAUCAAAUUUCCAUUUUACUGAACAUUUUCUGAAAAUAGGAAUGAAAUAAACACAAAACUGAAAGGAACAACCUGCAAUGUAUGAGCCCAGGAUAUUUUGCUGAAAGAGGGUGCUUUCUGAACAUAAUGGCUUACUGCUAAAAGUCGGAACUUUAAUAUAAAGUUUCAAAUCUGUGAAAUAAAGUUUUUGAGAGCUUUGAAAUAAAACUGUCUUCGUUUUGCAAUAAAUAUUCUACAAUA